CUAAUUCAUGAAAAAAUAAGUUAUAACAAAUGAAUAAUGUAUCUCUCCCACCCUAAAACACCUUUGAAGCCUACAAAGAGUGCACUUCCAGUUUUUGGGAGUAUAACUAGAAGUCCAAGAACACCGCCUUCCUCUUCCCUAUAUUCAGAAUCAGAUGGUGGCGCCGGGACACAAGGGGGCUAUUAUUCAGACACAUUUGUGAGUGAAUCUGCAUAUCAAGGAGGGGAUCAACAGCAGAAGAAAACUCCCAGAAAAGGGCAGAUCAGCUUCAAAGAAAAUGAUAUUACGGAAACAAUUCACACAGAAAUGCCUUUUACUGGCAGGUCAACAACAGACAUUCCUUUCACCGGUAGGACUGUCAAGUCUUUAACUGAGAGGGCCAUAACAGAGAUAGAGACUUAUAUAUCAGAGUAUGAUCAAAGUGAAAAAAUUGUUACAGUUACUGAAAAGUUACCCUCAUUGUCGGAAACUAAAUCUAGUCAGUCUUUAUAUUCCAACACAUUUGAAAGUGAUUCCCAAUUCAGAUCAUCCAAAAGUGACCAUGAAUCAACUGUGUAUGAUUAUUCAGACACCUUCCAGUCAGCUGGGCAUUCAGAAAGAGACACUACUGAUCAUGACUAUGACAAAUCAGACUACACAUCCACACUCACUGAAGAUUCAGUGACUCAGUCAAGCACAUUUAAAUCUCUGGAGGAAACUGUUGCAUCAGCAUCACCAACUCCUGAGUCCUACAGUUUAACUUUUGAGGCUGAUUCAGAAUCUGAAAGAGAAUACAGUGCAGAUUUUGAGGAGAGUACUUCUCUAAAAACUGAAUACACUGAUACAUUUUUGUCCCUUGGAAGUGUAGAGGACUCCUCGGAAAAGAUUAGACAGGCAGAGGAAUUGAAAAAAAUCAGCCAAGAAGCGGAGGAGAAUUUUAUUGCUGCCAUGGUUACUCACAUCAAACAGAAGCCAAUGAGAGACACUGAUCUUUCAGCACUGAUCGAUAAAGAGCUGGAGAAACCAGAUUAUGAAGUACUUGACAGACAUUCCAAGAGAUACAUCAAGAAGAAGAUAAGUUUACUGAAACAGAAGCUCAAAAGAGGAGAGGAAGGUCAGAGCCCCCGAGAAGAGACCAAUCAGUGGGAGAGUAAGAGGACCCACCUGAUCUCUGACUACGGAGUCCACCCCGCCAUACUGGACAAACUCAAACUGCACAACUUCAAUCACGACAUGGAAAAAGCAGCACAGACAGAAAUUCAUGAUCCCCAAAAAUGCAGAGAAUGUAGAGUCCAUCAGUUGUCCCUGGAUGCUGCAGCAGCUGAAAGGAAUUUCCUCCGAUUAAAAACACGAGAAGUCAGACAGAGAGAGAUGGAGGAUAACUAUCACAAUCAUCUGGUCAGAAUGGAUUCAAUAAACUUGAUAGCAGACAUAGCCCGUUCGUUACCAAGGGCAACAGAGGACCCAGAAACCAUUGAGGACCAGUUAUUCAAGGGACUUAACCUUUCAAGGGCAAUCAGUAAAAACAGGCUAUCUGCCAGUUAAAUUGUGCCUGUUCAAACUUCAGUAAUAAAUUUGUAUUAUUAUU